CUCAGAAUCCCCUGUCUAGUCCAUUUUUAGUCCCAGCUAGAGUUAAUAUUACCCCAAAAAAAAAAAAAAAAAAUGAGUGUGGAAGUGUUAGAUGGUGCCACCAUUCUCAACUUUGUACAAGACAAAGAAGCAUUCCAUGUUUUGGUAUGCGACCUUUUUGGUCACCUUGACACCAACCAUGAUGGCCUCCUUUCAUAUGCCGAGAUGCUGAAGGAGCUGCAGUGUUUGAGGGUGUUUGAGACACAUUUUGGAAUUGAUGUUAAACCCGAGCCAAGCGAGCUGGCUCGGGUUUAUGAAUCUCUGUUUGAUCAAUUUGAUCAUGACUCAAAUGGGACGGUUGAUCUGGAGGAGUUCGAGGCUGAAACUGAGAGAAUGUUGGUUGCUGUGGCUAACGGGUUGGGAUUCUUGCCGGUUCAAAUGGUGUUGGAAGAGGACAGCUUCCUUAAGAAAGCAGUUGAUCGAGAAUUGAUGACUAAAGUGGCAGCUUGAGAGUCUUAUGAACUUUUGCAUUUUAUGUUUUGGGUGUUUGUUUUUGAAUUUUAGUUUGUUUUUGAAUUUUGGUUUGUUUAAUUUUAUAUAACAAUUAAUGCUCUAAUUAAUGAAUCUAGAAUGUUUUGCUGUGGGUUAUAAAUUUAUUAUGA